UGUUGAUUUUGUUUUGUUGAACUUAGUUGAUGGCUGGUGUUGGUAGAUAGAGAGGAAUGGGCAGUGAAUAGUAUUUUUGUUAUAUGAAAUAACUACUUCUUUGCGUAUAGUUUAUAGGUGUAAUAUUUCAACAAUUAUAAAUAUUUAAUGGUGUCAAUGUCAUACUUGUGUGUUGAUGGUUGCAUUGAAAUAUUAUUGCCAAAGGUGUGGUGAUUUGUGUAUUCAACAACACAGGCUUUUCCCUCACAAAAAAUUAUUGUUUUGAUAAUUUCUGCCAAAGUUUAAGAAACUCUCAGUUUAUUUUUUCCUUAAUCAACAACAUAAACUUAACUGUCAGUGUAUUUUUUGUUUUUGAAAUUAGCCUAACUCUUAACAUCUGUUCAGCCUAGACCUAGCUAUUCUUGGCUUACCUAGAACUAUGCCUCCACUAAAAGAAAAUGCAAAUAAUAACAAUGUAUCUGGAACAUCAGUCAAAUCAACCUCACCCUCUCCUGCUCAAUGGUAUACAUUAUCAAAAAGUAAAGAUGGUUCAUCUGUAGACAAAGUUUAUUCCAAUCGAUAUUUUCCUGUAAAAGUUCUUCAAAAUCUUAAUAACCUUCGACAAAACAGUAGAUUUUGUGAUGUUUCUAUUGUUGCUGGUGGAAAUGUGAUGAAAGUCCAUCGAGCUAUACUGUCUGCAAGCAGUCCUUAUUUCCAAGCAAUGUUCUCAAAUGGUUUGGUUGAAGAACAAAAAGAAACUAUAGAACUGCACUCUAUUCCUCCUCAUAUACUUAAUUUAUUAGUGGAUUUUAUUUACACAGGAGAGAUAACCAUAAACCAAGAUAACGUUCAAGACUUGAUAGUAGCAGCUGACAUGUUGGAACUUAACGAGGUGGUGCUGGGUUGUACAGAGUUCCUAAAGCAAGAACUUCACCACACAAACGCUAUUGGAAUUUACAGGUUUGCAGACGCGCACAACUGUGGUGAUAUGCGAGCCACAGCUUUAGACUACAUACAGAACCACUUUCCACACAUCUGUCUGGAGGAGGAGUUCCUAGACUUGCCUAAGGAUCAGCUGGUGUUUUUCCUUUCCAGUGAAUUGCUUAGGGUGGACAGUGAAUACCAGGUGUUCCAAGCAGCUUUGAGGUGGAUCUCGCACGAUGUUACGCAACGUAAACGCUACAUUUUCGAACUGCUGAAACACGUUAGGUUGCCCCUGCUGUCUGUGUGCCUUCUAGAGAAGACCAUCACCGAGUGUACGGAUACUAGCUUGAAGAUUGCACUGCGUAGUGUCCACAACGACCUGUUGACUCGCAAGGGUAACCUAGUGCCGCUGUCGGUGUUCCCUCGACUUUGCGCCAAGAAGGACAUCUUUGUCAUCGGAGGGUCUAAGAGAGAACUUAUGAGUGCUUGGACACGAUCUUGCGAGUGCACAUUCGAGUCUGUCGAGCGCUUCGAUACGUUUAGAAGGAGGUGGUAUCAGGCAGCUCCUAUGGGGAUUGGUCGUAUUCUGCCCGGCGUCGCAGCGUUGAACGGUAGAAUCUACGUGGUGGGAGGAGAACAAGAAUCUCAGAUACUUGCCAACGGAGAAGUCUACGACCCUUCAGAAGACUCGUGGACGCCAGUCGCUAGCAUGGUGGUGCCCAGAUGUGAGUUUGGCCUGUGUGCUCUCGGAGGGGAACUUUACGCAGUCGGAGGUUGGGUCGGCGAGGAUAUCGGUGGUUCAAUCGAAAGGUAUGAUCCAUCACUGGACGAGUGGAUGCUGCACGGUGAACUGCCCGAACCUAGAUUCAGCAUGGGAGUCGUCUCUUACGAAGGACUGAUAUAUAUUGUAGGAGGCUGUACGCACAGUAGAAGACAUUUACAAGACCUGUUGUGUUUCAACGUAGUGACGGGAGAGUGGCAGAAUCUCGCGCCGAUGUUGGUCCCCAGAUCUCAGAUGGGGGUCGCUGUGUUAGAUGGAUAUCUUUACGUCGUCGGAGGAACCAACAAACAGAACGAAGUGUUGCACAGUGUGGAACGAUAUUCGUUUGAACAGGACAAGUGGUGUGAGGUUGCUCCAAUGAAGGUCGGCCGAGCAAGCCCUGCCGUGGCGGCUGCGGAUAGUCUACUCUACGUUAUUGGAGGAGAUCAAACUCACGAGGUGAACUUCUACCGAGCUCAGAUCACGAUCGCGGACGUUGAAUGCUACGAUCCCCUCUCAAACAGCUGGACGGACUGUCCGCCCCUACCGGAGAGUCGAAGCGAGGCCGGAGCAGUUGUUAUUUGAUAACACCAAAAAACUUUGCAGACUGAGUGUACAUAGGUGCGAAUGAGAGUGUGUUAAUUUAUUGUCGUUGAGGGGAAGCCAAAGAUAUGUAAAUGUUAUGCUUUGUUGUCUUUUGUUAAAAUACUCAAAUUUUAAAAGACAUGCCUAUAAAAAAGUAUGACACUGUCACUUUAGCUUCUAAAUUCUUAGGGAUCACAACCUCGAUAUGUCAAAUUUAUUCUCACGGUUAAGUUGUGGUUUAGAAUAAAAUAAGCUUAAUUUAGUCAUGCUACCGCCAGAUUGUGCUGAUGUAGGGUACCUACUGAUUUCUUCCUUUUACAUCGACUCAAAUGAUAAUAGUUUUGCAAACAAUAGCUUUUUCACAUCGUUGUAUCGAGAAACUAAAGCACAAAAUAUAACUCUGUAAGUACACUCUACGAGGCACUUAUUCAAAUAGGCCUAUGUUGUUGGAUAAAAAACUGGUUAUAAAUUUUCUACCUCAUUUUUUGUUGCUGAGAUAUAGGAUGUGACAUGAAAGAUUAUAUAGCUUUAGAAUAAGUUACCCUAUGUUUGACUUGGUUUAAAAAUCUGCAGAAAUAAGUAUUUGACUUCAGCACAAUCUGUUGGUGAUUCACUUCAAUUUUUAUUUUAAUAUUGAUGACAACCUUCAUGAAGAUGGAGUGCCUAGUUGUAUUGAUAGUCAAAGGUUACACUCUUUUAUAAUUGCUUACUGUCAGUUGUAACCAAGAUGUGCUAGACAAAUGUCAUCCAGUUCAGCCAUGUGUUGGACAAACUUAAAACAAACGUGUAAGUAUCCUAUCAUAUCUUAGCAUUUUAAAGUAAACCGCAAGUCUAUUGGUGUGAUGGGAAUUAUCUUUCUUGGGUUGAAAAAUGUAUUACAAUUUGCACAUCUAAUGAGGACCUCGGCUUCUAGUUAGCCGUGCUUUUGUUACACGUUUAUUUGUUUAACUUAUUGUUAAACCUUGUCUUUGACACUGGAAAACGUCAAAAACAGUAUAGGCUGUCUAGUCUAAUGCAAAACUGAUAGAAGGUUUGUAAAUUCCCUCUCUAUCGAAUAAACUGAGAUUGCAAUUGGCAGUAAGCAGUUUUAGUACAUUUGCCAGCAGUCUGCAAUUUUCUCUAGAUUUAAACAAAUUCUUCAUACAUGAGCUCAAAACACGAUCGUUCCAAAAAUUGCUAGUGUAUUACAAAAUGAAUGAUAUUACAGUACAUGUUAUUUCUGUUUUAAUAUGAUCUUUAGUCCUUAAAGUUUCUAAAACACCAUUCAUACCUAAAUUAACGGUAUUUAGUUGUACUUGUCCUAUUGAAUAAUUUAUAUAAAAACAAAAACUGAAGAAUGGUGUUUUAAUGAUUGAACUUUUUUGUUACAAAAAUAAUGUAAAAAUAAUAAAAUCUGUGUACUGCACUCUAUCAAUUCUACCAUAAUCAUUAUCAUUAAUUUACAUUGAUCCAUAAUCCAGAAUGGUUUAAGUCCAAAAUAUUAAUACAUAUUUUAUCAGUCUGACGAUUUCCGUCCAAUUCUGAAUAAAAUAAAGCUACGUAAAUUAUUGAUUAAUGGAGAAACAUUUUUUUUUUAUUUCUGUUUUAAUACUGGAAACAAUUUCUUUUAAGGUUGGUUACACAAACUUAACCUAAAUAACUUCUAAAUUUUUUGUAAGAAAUUAAUUUUCUUCAAACAAGUUACAAACAUUAUCACCCAGUUUUAAAGUUAUCCAGUUAAUAGUUUGUUGUACCAAUUAAUUAACUUAGUAAUUUUAGACCACAGCUAAUUUUAUCACAAACAUUGUAUGUACAAUCAUCACUAAACUUUGUCAAUUCAUAAUAUUUUGUGGACGUAACUUUGUAAAAUAGACUCAAUAAUCAGGAAACAUUUGCAUGAUAUCAGUUAAUAUUUCUAUUUGUAAUGUUUUACAUGGUUUGAAUUCUAUUUUUGGUGACUACUUUAUUAUAACAUUUUCAAAUACUAUUUCAACGUCACAUCCAGCAAUAUAGAACAAUAUUCAAUAUUUCUGUCCUAGCAUUUAAGUCUUAAUUUUUACUUUUAAUUAUUACUGGUUGAUUAUUAUUAGAUUUUGUAUAUUUUUGUGUUGAUUGUGAUAUAUAUUAUAUAAUACCGUAUGUAUUUUAUAGGCCAGUGAAUUUAUAACUUGUUUAUAUAAGGAAAUUUUGCAGUAUUAAAUGGUUGAUAAAAGUUUAAAAGAUGCCACUGAAUAAAUACUUGCUGUAAUUUUCUAGUAAAACUGUCAAAAAAGUUGUAUUCUCAAAUCCAGCAAAAGAUUAUUAAAUUCCUAUGCUUGAGAGAUUAUAAAAUGCUAAAAAUUUUAAUUAAAAGUCUUGUUCGACACAAUUCAGUUUAACAAUCAAAUUUCUUUUAAUUUGGAAUCUUACUAUUUUGAAGAAUCUCAGGUUUUUUUACAUUGAGCUUAUAAAAAAUACUCAGUCUGUUAAUUGCUUAUGUACUGUGAAAAAGGGUUGAGAAAAAAAGGGUUUGUAUUGUUACUGUUAUUUACAAUUCACAUGCACAGCGCUUUGUAAAAGAUUUAAAAUAUAAAAAAGCAUACAGUACACAGCAGUUUUUUCUAAGAGAGUCAAAAUAAAAAAAAAAUACUCUACUAAAAACAGCUCUAAAAAAAAUAUUGUCCUUCGUGAAUAGUUAGUAAAAAAUCCACAACGCUUUAUAAUGGUAUAGAAACAGAAUAUAAAUUCUUCUACAAAAACAUGUUUAUUUUUGUUUUUUAACAAUUAAUAACACGCACAGAGCUUUGUAAAAUCAUUAGAUAGGAAAAAAUUUUAAAACCUUGAUUAGCGUUAAUUUUCUAGCCAAUGCUUCCUGGAUCAGCCUUGCAGUAAAUUUAAUAAAAUCUUGUCACAUUUAACUAUACUUUGACGGAAAUUCUAUUGCACAAUUUGACUUUAAAUAGUUGGACAAAAUCACUCUUUAUCGAAGUGAUUGUAAGUUUAACUGUAAAAAACAUUCUGAAUGUUUGUUUUGCCUUAAGAUUUGUUAUUUGACGGCUAACUUUCUGUUGAAAUGAUUAGUUCAUUACACAAUGCUUUACAGGUGCUCCUUUAUAACUAUUGUAAAUCAUUUGUGUAAAUGUGUUAUUAAAACAUUGUA